GAGGGGGGAGCCAAGGGCUCGCCGGUGCCAGUCGCCGACGGGGCGCGCUCUGGUGCCGCGGCGGGUGGCACAGGCUGGCAGCCAUGGGCUGGGUGCCCAGGCCCCAAGGGGAGGGGGCGACUGCUGGCAACCGCCAGAGGUCCGCGUCGUGGGCCCUCCCCCUCGCCUGCCAGCUCCGGUCCCGCCCCCGGAGCCGCGUCCGCUCACUUUGCUCUGGGCAGAGCGACUGCCGCGGGCGCACGACCAGGGCUUGGGCCUCGGGGCAAGCGGCCCAUGGAGUCGGGGCUGCUGCGGCCAGCGCCGGUGAGCGAGGUCAUCGUCUUGCAUUACAACUACACGGGCAAGCUUCGCGGCGCGCGCUACCAGCCGGGCGCGGGGCUGCGUGCCGACGCCGUCGUGUGCCUGGCGGUGUGCGCCCUCAUCGUGCUCGAGAACUUGGCGGUGCUGUUCGUGCUGGGGCGCCACCCGCGCUUCCACGCGCCCAUGUUCCUGCUCCUUGGCAGCCUGACGCUGUCCGACCUGCUGGCGGGCGCGGCUUAUGCCGCCAACAUCCUGCUGUCGGGGCCCCUCACGCUGCGCCUGUCGCCCGCGCUCUGGUUCGCCCGUGAAGGUGGCGUCUUCGUGGCGCUCGCCGCGUCCGUGCUGAGCCUCCUGGCCAUCGCGCUCGAGCGCCGCCUCACCAUGGCCCGCCGAGGACCCGCGCCUGCCGCGCGUCGGGGCCGCUCGCUGGCCAUGGCGGCCGCCGCCUGGGGCGUGUCGCUGCUGCUCGGACUGCUGCCGGCGCUCGGCUGGAAUUGUCUGGGCCGCCUGGACACCUGCUCCACCGUCCUGCCGCUCUACGCCAAGGCCUACGUGCUCUUCUGCGUGCUCGCCUUCCUCGGCAUCCUGGCCGCCAUCUGCGCGCUCUACGCGCACAUCUACUGCCAGGUGCGCGCCAACGCGCGGCGCCUUCGGGGACGCCCGGGGGCCGCGAGGGGCGCCCCGGGCCGCGCACGCCGCACGCCGCGCUCGCUGGAGCUGUUGCGCACGCUCAGCGUCGUGCUCCUGGCCUUCGUGGCGUGCUGGGGCCCCCUCUUCCUGCUGCUCUUGCUCGACGUGGCGUGCCCCGCGCGCGCCUGCCCCGUGCUCUUGCAGGCCGACCCCUUCCUGGGCCUGGCCAUGGCCAACUCGCUCCUGAACCCCAUCAUUUACACGCUCACCAACCGCGACCUGCGCUUCGCUCUCUUGCGCCUGGUCUGCUGCGGCCGCCGCCCCUGCCACAGAGGGCAGGAUGCCUCCCAGGGCUCCGGGAGCCCCGCUGGGGCUUCGGAAGGCCUGAACCGCUGGCUGCCGCCUGGCUUGGAAGGCAGCUCCAGCCGCUCCGAGCGCUCGUCCCCGCAGCGGGACGGGCUGGACACGAGCGUCUCCGCUGGCGGCCCUGGGGCGCCCAUAACCGCCCAGACCCUGGUACCUGCACCGGCCGCCGACUGAUGCCCUUUGGCCUGCCGUUACCCUCCCUAAGGGCCGUUUGGCAGACUUUUUCUUUUUAAAUAAGGAAUUGAUAGGAAAAGCAGCUGAAGAUGGUGGCGGCAGAAGAGACAAAGGGAAACGUGUUUUAUUUAUGCUAAACCUCAGAGCAGUAAGUGAAACAGACAAAAAUCCGCGGCCCUCGUGGCAUUCACAUCCUGAUGGGGAACACAGGCAAUAACAGAGUGAAGAAAUCAUGGAGGUAAUUGCAGCUACAAUACAGUGAUGCCAUCCAUAGUGGUCAGGGGAUGCUCCGCUGCAGAAGUGUGACAUAUACUCUAAGCUGAGCUGUCAUUGCCCUGGGAACACUUGAAAGAAGAGCGUUGCAGGGUGAGGGAACAGCAGUGCAAAGGUCCUGAGGCCAGAACAUGCCUGUGCCUUCUCAGAAAAGCAAAGAUCUCCUCGUGGCUGGAGCAACAAUGGAGGGGGGUGGUGGGAGGAAACAAAGGCUGGUAUAUAAUGGGGCAGAGUGGGCAGAGCCUUGUGGGCUCCGUGGAGGACUUUGCUUUUACUCUGAGUGAAGUGGGAGGCAGACGUUGGACUUGAUUUGCUUGAGAUGUUCACAGAUCUCUGUAAGGGGGAAGGUCGAAGCUAGAACAAGGUGAAAGUGCCUGCACUGGCCCAGAGGAGCAACGAUAGGGGCUCAGGCUAUGUGGACAGAAUUACUGAGGAAUUGAGUGUAGGCAUGAGAGAAAGAAAGGAAUCCUGUUUAGAGGAGGGAAUGUUAAAGACACGGCACCCUAAACUAAAAUUUGACUGUGGAAGACAGCCAGUUCCUAUCUGAAACAAGAUUUCUUUGAGUGUGGUGUCAUAUCAUAAAAAAAUUAAAAACCUAAUAAAAUAAUAAGAACAAUUACAGCUUACUGUGCAGGGCCAGUCAUCCCCACAGUGGUAGGCCCAGGACAUACCUUUUCCUCGCCCUUACUGCAACUUUGCAAGGUAGCUUUCCUCACCCGGAUUUGACAGAUGAGCAGUGAGUACCUGGCCCAGUGUGGAAGCCAGUAUACUAGCCCAGACCGCCAGACUCCCAGGCCCUAAGGGACGCAGGCCUAGACUAGUGUCUGGCUUCUUCAGAGGGGCAUGGCAAGGGCAGACGCUCCCUCCCUGAGUGGUCUGCAUUCUUGUCUGGGGGCGAUACCAGGGGCCUGUUUGUGCCCAUAAAAGGCUCCAGGCAUGCUGGCUCUGGGUACCAGCUGUCCCUAGACGCAUUCCUGACCCCAGUGCCGCAUUGCGGCCUGGGGGAGGGGCAGGGGGCUUUGGACUCAAAGUAUCGCGCGCCACUUGCCGGGAGACCCGAGUAACUGCAGGCAGCCGCAAAGACCCCAGUGUGUUUUGGGGGCCACGGACUCACCCUGGGGGCCCGAGUGUCCACUGGCCACGCUCAGGUAGUCCCUGCGGGCCACAUGCACGGGAAACCAACCUAUUUCCUGGAACACGAACACACUGAAACUGGGACGCUCCCGGGACUAGACCUAAUUUCCCACUGGGCCUGGUGCCCCUGACCCCAGGCUCCUUUAUCGUCUAAGGGAACCUGAAGCUCACUCCGUUGUUUGGUUGUUUGAUAGGAUGAUAGUAAAGGGAUUUAGUCUCUUGUUCACAUUUUACACAAUUCGAAAAGCACCAGUUCCCUUUGUAGGAUGUGAUCGCUGUGGGGAAUCCUUGGAAAUUUCCAGAGCUAUUCUGUGGAUAAACGAGCUGACAGGUAAACACUUCUCUCUUUUUUUUAUAUACAAUUUUAGCACUGCUUUGCAUCUUGCUUUUUCACUUAGUAGUAUAUCUUGGGAACUGUUGCACACCCACAGAUUUUGUACCAUCUUACCCUCUUAGUUGGCUCAGGCUGUCAUAACAGACACCAUUACCUGAGCAGUUGAAACAGCAGAGACUUACUUCUC